AUGCGGGUUUCGAAGAAAGGGAGGGGAAAGCUCUCCUCCGGCCCAAAACGUCAACCGUCACGGAUCUCACACGACCAUGAACUCCGCCCACUGUCUCUUCACAGCGAGCCGGACGAUCGCGCGCGACCAGAACACAAUGACUCUCCGGCUACAGUCCAGAUAGUCAUACCACCAAGUCAUACAGACGCCGCCCAUUCUACAGCACCUUCAGGAGCCCUGGAGGGUCUGACGACCACGGAUGCUACCAGGCUCAGCAGCCGACUGCUCACGAAGAGGUCGACAACUCUUCAGGACCCACAGAACAGUUGCAGUGGAGAGCGCAGCCAUACUUCAUUUACCCGGCUUGGGUCUCGUCCGUUCACCUGCGUAUUCUGUCUUGAAAGCCAUGUAAAUAGCCUGGUGGCAGUUCUCUGCGGGCACGUCUUCCAUCGGGCUUGCCUUGAAGAGUAUGUGAAACGGACAUAUGAAAGCCAAGCUCAGGAGACGCAGUUGGUGAGAGUCACAUGUCCCAGCUGCCGGGCGGCAUGCGUCGGCUAUGCUGACAAAUCAGCUGCGGACCACACACAAGGGCCUGUCUUCACUUUGGAACCGCGGCAGGCGUGGACCAUCGACAUGGAAGGGGUGCGUUUAUACGUGUAA